AUGGCUGCCACACCAGCCAAGUUCAUCCCCGCGGACCAGAUCGACUCGACCUUCAAGUCCAAGUAUACCGACCUCAUCUCGGCGCCGCUGGGCUCGAAAAUCGUGUCCUGCAGCGACGAAUUCUUCGCCGCGGCCGAGAACCUCAUCACCAAGACGGCCCCUAUUUCCAGGCCCGGCGUCUUCGUGCACUCGGGCGCCUGGUACGAUGGCUGGGAGACGCGGCGCCACAACACCGCGGCGGCCGACUGGGUCAUCAUCAGGCUGGGCACGGCGUCGGGCAAGAUCGCAGGUGUCGAGAUCGACACGGCUUUCUUCAACGGCAACCACGCGCCCGAAAUCGCCGUCGAGGGCGCCUUCGCUGACUCGGACGAGGUUGUCGCCGCCGAGGGAUUCGCGUGGGACACUAUCCUGUCCAGGCAGGAGUGCGGACCCUCGCAGCGCCACGGCUGGCUGCUGGACCAAAUCACCGCAAAGGCAUACACGCACGUCCGACUACUAAUGUACCCCGACGGCGGCAUCGCGCGAUUCAGACUCUAUGGGACAGCAGUCCCCGUCUUCCCCGCCGACACAUCAGCCGUGCUGGAGCUCAGCGCAACGGUCAUGGGUGGCGUCGCAACCGCAUGCAGCGACCAGCACUUCGGCACAAAAGACAACCUGCUACUCCCCGGGCGCGGGGUGGACAUGGGCGACGGAUGGGAAACGAAGCGCACGCGGGGCGACCAUGUGGACUGGACGACGGUGCGACUCGGCGCUGCGUGCGCCAUCUCUUCCGUCGUCGUCGACACGGCGCACUUCCGCGGUAAUUUCCCGCAGAAGGUGCAGGUCUACGCUGGCUCGUUCGAGGCGGAUCCCGCGCACGACGACGCCGCGUGGGUUGAGGUGCUGAGUCCGCAGGCGAGCGCGGCGGAUGUUGAGAGGACGUACAAGGAUGAGCUGCGUAAUGUGCAGGGGCAGAAGUACACGCAUGCUAAGCUGGUCAUCAUCCCUGAUGGCGGCGUGAAGCGCUUCAGGGUGUUUGGCACGCGCGUCUAA